AUGAUGCGGCCACGGACGCGAGGUAUAGAUGGCGGGCUACCCGAUGGGGUGCGGGGGCGGGUGGUAAAUGCACUCGGUCGGGGCGCUAACGUGUGCCGGCGGGGGAGGGGGGGGGGGGGCGCGGGGGGACGUCGUCGAGGAGAGUCGGAGGCUGCGAUCGAUGAAGCGCGGACACGCCUAGCGCACAGCGCACCCCGCGCUCACCGUCCAUUCAACCGGCGUUCACUCUACGCCGAAAACCGUACUACUGCGCCGAGACAGCGAGCGAAACUG